AUGCCCUCUGAUCCUAAAACACGUGCGAGCAUGCUCUCGGUGGGUCUCAACAGGCCCCCUGGAGGACUUGGAAACAGCACCCCAAGGCCAGCAUCGCUGCAGGCGGGGAGAGGGAGGCGUCCCAGUGAGAACAGGGUGCACCCUCUGGUAGAGAAGGGACGGGGGCCUCAAGGGCGCGGGAUCCUCUCGCCAGCAGGAGCAUGUGCACACGAAGGCCAUGAGCUCGCCCACCACAGGUGCCGACCACCACCAGGGCUGGUUCCAGGCCAGGAGAGGCGCUUGCUGUCCGCAGCAUCCCCGUCAGCGCACUUCAGUCUGAAGCCCAUCCGCGGGGUCCUUAGCCCCUGGCACGCUCAGCCCUGA